AAAUAAUGACAGGAGAGCACAUGUUCUAAACUGGGCAGAACUGGACACACAUUAAGAUUUAUCCUCAUUGAUAUAGAGGUGUCUAGCAGAGAAAACAUUACCAUGUCUGAACAAUAUUCUGUUGUUACUCAAAGUGUUGUAACUGUCAGAGUGACAAGUACAGGAAAUACUUUUGGGUCUGAAAGGAGAUUCCAGAAAGAUCUGACAGUUGCUGAAGUAAAGGGGAAGUUGGAGUUAGUGACGGGCUCAGUUGCUGCAAACAUGAAACUAGAGGUUUACGAUAAAGAUGACAAGCUAAUAUGUAAGCUGGACAGUGACGAUGCAUUGCUUGGCUCCUUUCCUGUGGAUGAUGGAAUGCGGUUACAUGUAGUAGAUGCAACAGUUAGAUUAGGAGAAUUUGAAGAUACAUCUAAAGUAGAAAAAUAUGAAAUGUCAGAAGAUGCUUACUCUAAACGAUCAGAUUCUGUGAGAGCAUUUAAAGAAAGAAAUAAAAUGGGCAGAUUCAAAGAGAUCUCUCCAGAGGAACAAAAUAGGCUUGCUGAAGAAAAAGCCAAAAAGGAUGAAGCUGAAAAACAAAAGGCUGAAUCAAUAAAUAUAGGAGACAGGUGUGAGGUAAGAGUUCCAGAACAACCAGCAAAACGAGGACAGGUAAAAUAUGUUGGUUUAACUGACUUCAAAGAAGGAUUGUGGGUGGGUGUGCAAUAUGACGAACCUAUGGGAAAGAAUGAUGGCAGUGUGAAAGGGAAGCAGUACUUUGAAUGUCCUGAUAAAUAUGGUGGAUUUGUGCGUGUAAGCCAUGUAGAAGUUGGAGACUUUCCGGAAGAAGAUCUUGGUUUUAGUGAUGAUGAUGAAAUAUGAUAAACUGAUAAACUGAUCAUAUCAUACAUAUUCAAAGGACAUCCUGUGUUCAAUACACCAAAGAAAUGGGACGCCUGAAAUAGGAUAAAGGAAAUUGGUGUAAAAAUGAAAAAAUGGUUGUGAAAAGUACUGAAAUGCGAAGAGCUCAUUUAGCAUACUAAAUAACAAAUGGGCAACAGGUCUUGAUUAUAAGGCAAAACUAUUUGUUAUGGAAAUCAUGAUCACAACAGUUCUCCCCUUUGAUACUUUCUUUACAUCUGAAUAGUUUGGAAUUUGCAUGUUAUAUUAUGUUCAUAGAAAUAUUACAGUUAAAUUGUCCCUUAAUCAAGGUACUGCAAUAUUUUCACAUUCCUGUGCUUCUCAUAUUAAAAUGAAACCAUCUUUAA